AUGACUGCGCCUGAACGAAAUCCUGCCUUGGGAAUAAUUACAGAGAUACUGCUGAAGUACAAGGAACAUGGCAAGACAUACAGAUUUUGUCGCCAACUCACGAGUGACUUCAGGGUGGAAUUGAAUGUCAUAUACAGGUUCAGUCUUUUCAAGCAAUUUCUCCAAAGAAAGCUAGACCCUUCCUUCAGCAACAGCACUCCGAUCUCUGCACCAAGAAUAGACGCAGGGUCACAGAAAGAUGAGUCUGUUAUCAGUCCAAUUUUCAACCUGCCGACGGACCUUCUCCUCGAACUCAGAGGCCAACUGCCUCUGGUAUCCCAAGCCUGCCUGGCACUGACAUGCAAGACCUUUCUCGAUCUCUUCGGAUCAGCAUUGAUUGCACCCGAGUUUCGUUUCCCGCGAAUCGUCUUCGACAAGAAGAACCGGAUUAUGUGGAAACCGGAUGCCUCGAUGGCGAUCAGGGGGCAGCUUCUUCGCCUGCUCGAGAAUGAAUCCCGGCGGUAUUGUAACGCCUGUCUGAAACUGCACCCUCCCAGUGAAUUCAGGCCAGACGACCUGCAGGUCGAUGGCAAAUUGAGACGCUGCAAGUUGUGCCACGAUGGAGGAAUCGUUGACCUCUGUCCGUGUAUUGGGAUGACUCCCCGGUACAAGGUCCAAAAAGACGACACAGACAAUAGCAUCACUGCAGACGCUAAAAGGAAGUUUCGCAUUGAUCGAGACAGGAAAUGUCUGCUGCAUGAAUGUUCAGUCGAGCACUGGUCUGGAACCAUCUCGAUCACGAUCGUCCCUUUUAUACACAAAACGGGCCAUCUCAUGAUCCAGAUCCAGUACGACAUCCGAUCUGACCAGUUCCUCGAAUGGCCAACGGAGGAGUUGACUCUGGACUGCUGUCCCCAUUGGAAAGUUGAUUAUCUUGAAAUGAAUACCGAAGAGUGCGAAUUUUGUCCUACUUUCACGACAGGACCGAAAUUCAUUUCUACUACUCCUGACAGCCACAAAUUCUCCUGCAGUAUCAUCAGGGUCCUUGGGAAGAGAAAUUCACGGACAAGUCGUAUUUGGCAUGCGCAGGGACGCCCAGUUAUCGGCAAGUCAAUGAUGCGUACUGGUCUGCUUAGCGCUACAUCAGGCAGUAGAUAUGUCAGUACUAAGAGCCAAGACAAGGAGAUGGAAGCUAGUCAACAUGGUUCUUCGGCCUAUUCGCCUAAUGAUCUUUUCUAA